GGAGGCGCCGGGAUAGCACGUACAGAGGCAGGGAGAGAAACUACAAUUCCCAGGAGGCACCGGGCGGACCGGCGCGGGCCGGUGACGUCGCGGGGGCCGGCGCGGGGAGCUGAUUUGGCUGGAGCUACCAGUAGGGUGGCCGCCGCCGCGGGUUGUUACAGCUGCUGGAGUAGCAGCGGCCCCCGCCCCCGGGCAACUCUCCCGGGCUCUCGACCUCCGACCCCGCGCGGUGAGUCCCAAGCGGACGGCCUCGGAGUGGCGGAACCAGGAGGCCCCGGGGCUAGAGGAGGGGCGAGAGGGAAGGGCCGCGGAGGAGAGGGGCGGCACGAUGAACGUGGGCACAGCACACAGCGAGGUGAACCCCAACACGCGGGUGAUGAACAGCCGCGGCAUCUGGCUCUCCUACGUGCUGGCCAUCGGGCUCCUGCACGUCGUGCUGCUGAGUAUCCCCUUCGUGAGCGUCCCUGUCGUCUGGACCCUCACCAACCUCAUCCACAACAUGGGCAUGUACAUCUUCCUGCACACGGUGAAGGGGACACCCUUCGAGACUCCGGACCAGGGCAAGGCGAGGUUGCUGACCCACUGGGAGCAGAUGGACUACGGGGUCCAGUUCACAGCCUCUCGGAAGUUCUUGACCAUCACACCCAUUGUGCUGUACUUCCUCACCAGCUUCUACACCAAAUACGACCACAUCCAUUUCAUCCUCAACACCGUGUCCCUGAUGAGUGUGCUCAUCCCCAAGCUGCCCCAGCUCCACGGAGUCCGCAUUUUCGGAAUCAAUAAGUACUGAGGGUGCAGCGCCUUCCCCUGCCCAGGAUGGCCGGGGAGGGCUGAGGGCCUGUACUGCGAUACUGAAGCCAGAAGGAGCCUCUGGACGCUGCCAGAGAUGGGGGCCGAGCCUCUUGGCCUGGUUCCCCCCUGCUUCCCCCAGUAGCCGACUUGGAGUAGCUUGUAGUGGGGUUGGGGUAGGCCUCCCGGGCUCUGACCCCUUCUGAUUUUUUUUGAUCUUUUCCUUUUGCCUUUUGAAUAAAAAGACUCCAUGGGGGUGGUCAUAGAAUGGGCUGGGCUCCUGGGCUGAACAUGGGCCUGCGAGUUUGGGACAAGAGGUCAGGGACAAACCUCUGUCACUUGUUGACCCUCAAGUAGCCAAAGCACUUUAGCCCCUGCCAGGGGUGCGGAGGGGACGGUACUUUCACCCUUAGGUCUGCAGGGGGCCGCUCAGUGGGUGCUGGGCUGCACGAAUGCAGGCAUGUGCGGCGCCUUGAGAGCUGCCUCACGCCAGUCUCAGUAGCCGGCCUGGGUGCUGGGUGGGUGGGAGGAGGGUUUGCAGAGGGAGGGCGGGGUGGGUGCAGUUGGCCUGGUCCUGGAGGAGAGGUGGGGGCUGCUGUGUCUCUGGCCCUGCCGUACGGGUGCAGGGGAGGAGCUGAGGCCUAGAGGACGGGGCUGCCUGGCAGCAGAGGGGUGGGGCUGUCCGGGAGGGAGGGCUGCAGGCUGGGAGAGGGCGUUUACCCAGCCUGGGCUGGUACUAGGGAAGGGAGGCUUGCUCAAGCAAGUUUAAAGCUCUGGGGCUGGCGUCGGGGAUGGACACAGGCAGCUCCCGUCCCAUGGGAGUGCUGGGAGGGCUGUGGGGAAGCCGUGACGGAAAUGGUGGGUGGGGGGGCCCUUCUGUAGCCCCUCACCUGGUAACCUCAUGCAGACGCGCUGGCCGGGGCUCCCGGGUGGCAGACCCUACUCAGGGCCAGUGGACUGCAGAGUCCUGUGGGAUCCGCGCUAGGACAGGGCCGUGUGGGGGACUGAAGGGGCCUGUAAGCGCUGCCUCCUGGGCCUGAGGAGAGACAGGUGGGCGGAGCCUCGGCGGCUCCCCUGUCACCUAGGGGUGGUGUUGCUUUAGAGAAGGUCUGGGCCCUGUGCCCUCUCUCAGAGGCCCGAGGGAGGAGGGAGGUCACUGGCCCUGUGUUCUGCCUCCCGGCCCUCCAUCCCCCACCCCAGGGAUCAUAGGGAACUUUCACCUCAAAAUCUUUCUAAGCAAAGUGUGAAUAGGAUUUUUACUCCCUUUGUACAGUAUUCUGAGAAACGCAAAUAAACGGCAUCGUGUUCCUGUU